UGCGUGCUGACGUCAUGCUGCGUGCGGGCCGGUGCGGAGUCGCCGCUCCAGAGCGGCGGGGCCGGAGUUAGUUAGCAAGGAGCGGAGGCUGGGCGCGCGCCCCUCGUCCUGCUGGCCUCCGCGCGCGUCGCGCACCUCGCCUUCCUGCAUGGUGGAUAUUAUUUUUCACUGUCCUUUUCUGGGUGCUAUGGGGGAUCAUCCCAAGAAGAAGCCCGGGACGGCCAUGUGCGUGGGCUGCGGGAGUCAGAUCCACGACCAGUUCAUCCUGCGGGUGUCGCCCGACCUCGAGUGGCACGCUGCCUGCCUCAAGUGUGCCGAGUGCAGCCAGUACCUGGAUGAGACGUGCACGUGCUUCGUGAGAGACGGGAAGACCUACUGCAAGCGGGACUACGUCAGGCUGUUCGGCAUCAAGUGCGCCAAGUGCCAGGUGGGCUUCAGCAGCAGCGACCUGGUGAUGCGCGCGCGGGACAGCGUGUACCACAUCGAGUGCUUCCGGUGCUCCGUGUGCAGCCGCCAGCUGCUGCCUGGGGACGAGUUCUCGCUGCGGGAGCACGAGCUGCUCUGCCGCGCCGACCACGGCCUCCUGCUCGAGCGCGCCGCGGCCGGCAGCCCGCGCAGCCCCGGCCCGCUCCCCGGCGCCCGAGGCCUGCAUCUGCCAGAGCCCGGGGCGGCGCGGCAGCCCUCGCUGCGGCAGCACGCGCACAAGCAGGCGGAGAAGACGACCCGGGUGCGCACCGUGCUGAACGAGAAGCAGCUGCACACGCUGCGGACCUGCUACGCCGCCAACCCGCGGCCGGACGCGCUCAUGAAGGAGCAGCUGGUGGAGAUGACCGGCCUGAGCCCGCGGGUCAUCCGCGUCUGGUUCCAGAACAAGCGCUGCAAGGACAAGAAGAAAUCCAUUCUUAUGAAGCAGCUGCAGCAGCAGCAACACAACGACAAGACGAGCCUCCAGGGACUGACCGGGACGCCCCUGGUGGCGGGAAGCCCCGUUUGCCACGAGAGCGCCAUGCAGGGCAGCGCAGUCGAGGUACAGACGUACCAGCCGCCGUGGAAAGCGCUUAGCGAGUUCGCCCUCCAGAGUGACCUGGACCAACCCGCCUUCCAGCAGCUGGUCUCCUUCUCCGAGUCCGGCUCCCUAGGCACCUCCUCCGGCAGCGACGUGACCUCCCUGUCCUCGCAGCUCCCAGACACCCCCAACAGCAUGGUGCCCAGUCCCGUGGAGACGUGAGGGACCCUUCCCCGCCAGCCCGCGGACCCCGCAUGCUCCCUGCAUGAGACUCGCCCUCGCUCGGCCAGCCCAGCUCCCGGAGCGCUCUCGCCUCUGCAGUUGUCGCUAUUGUUAUUUAAAGGGGAGGAAGCGGGGAAACGGGCAGGAAGGCCGAAGCCCGGGGCGCAAGCUGCUGUCACCAGACUGGAGUCCCCUGCUCCUAGGACUUUUAUUUUUUCGAAACCAGAAGUUGGGACUUGCUAGGGUUAGCUCUGCCGGCCCUCCCUUCCCGCGCGCGCGGGGCCCUGCAGCGGACGUGGAGGGACGGCCCGAGGAGCGGACGCGACUCCCCGCAGCGCGUGGUUGCUGGGAAACGCAGAACGAGACUUUCCUUGAAAAUGUUUUAAAUUAUCAUUCGACGGAGGACAGUGUGAGCCUUUGCCGAGCAAACGUAAGUUAUUGUUAUUUAUUGCGAGAGCAGCCGGUUCAUACUGGGACGGAUAUUUUGAUCUUAAUAAAAAGUGGUCACU